GGUUUCCCGGUGCGUCUGUGCGUCUUGACGCACCUCUCCGCUGUGUAGCCAUGCACUGUGAAGUCGCAUGAAAAGCGUUUCCAUAAUGCGGGCGUGAAGUACCCGCGUGGUAAACGGAGGGAUCCAGGAGGAGGACAGCGGAGGGUUACCAGCCUCGCACCGCGCCUGCUCGUCAGGCACCGGAAAGAUUAAAAUGUCGAACCGAAAGCACCGGGACAACCAGGAGAUCUGCUCCCGCAAGGUUCGGGAGCUGGCCCAGUCUGGAGUAAACAAACACUGCUUCGAGUGCAGCCAGCCCGGGGUGACUUACACCGACAUCACGGUGGGCAGCUUCGUGUGCACGUCGUGCUCCGGAAUGCUGAGAGGCCUCAACCCUCCCCAUAGAGUCAAGUCCAUCUCCAUGACAACCUUCUCCCAGCAGGAAGUGGAAUUUCUCCAAAACCAUGGCAACGAGGUCGGGAGGAGGACUUGGCUGUGUGUGUUUGACCCAAAGACAGACGGCUGCUCUGAUAUGAAGGACUCUCAGAAGUUCAAAGAGUUCCUCCAGGACAAAUAUGAGAAGAAGAAAUGGCAUUUUUCCAAAAGUAAGAACCGUAGGGAUGUGGAGGGUCCUUGGAGCCCAGGCGUCCAGGCUGUGCCCCCUUCCCAUGGUCCCCUAACAAGCCAGGCCCCCUCCCAUAACCUGCCCCCCAACAGCAGAUCCUCAAGGCCGCUGUCUCAGUCCCAGCUGCCAUCGUGGGAUCGAGCUCCUGCGAUCUCGCCCGCUGACAUGCGGACGGAUGUGUUCACCGCUCGGCCAUCACGCUCCCAAAGCUUCAGAGACCCCCCUCUGAAAGAUACCACCCUGUGUGGCAUAGAAAGACGGCGGCCAGGCUCUCUGUCGUCAGUGUUAGGAGCUCAGAGCUACGCUCCCUCUUUCCCCGCCCUCCCACGGCCUUCAGCCAGUAGCUCUUUCAAAAACCACUUCACUUUAGGUCGUACAAUAUCGGCCUCGGGCGCCACGGGGCCCUUCAGGGCCUUCCCCAAAUCUCUCAGCGUGGACUUUGGAGGCCUGAACCAUCCACAGCCUCUGCACCAUUCCCUGUCUCAGCAGCAGCAGCCGCCUGCCAGUAUCGGCCAGACAACGCUGCCAGUCAGCGGUUCCAGCAGCCAGGACAGGUACGCAGCUGUGUCACAGCUGGACAACGUGUUCUUGGAAACCUCAUCGGGUACAGCGCCGUCUGGUGGUCCUCCACAGUACAGCGCCAUCUUCGGCAGCAGGCUCUCGUCCAGCUCCACUCCUGCCAGCUCCCCCGGCGUCGAUACAGUCUCCAGCUCACAAACCUUUGCGAAUUUCCCCAACCCAUUCAGCUCCGGCUCCGCGCCCCAGCAACCCAUGGCCCUCUCCCCCAGUAACCCCUUCAGCAACGCCUUGGGAGGUGACUCCAGCGCGUUCGUCACCUCGCCCACCUCCGUUUUCAGUCCGUCCACCUCCUUCCCAGCACCUGCCACCCAGAAUGCAUUUCCUCAUGAGUCUGCCAGCAACCAGGAAGCCAACGGUUUUGCCUCCUUCCCUGCAUCCGAAUCUCAGCCCAAAGUCUCUUGGCCAAUGUCGGUGAACCCGUUUACUGGGAAUGUUUACCCCAGUCGAGGGACAUCCAAAAAUCCUUUCAUCUGACUCCCUCCGUCCUCCUCACUUCACCCACCCAUUCAUCUCUGGGAGCCGUGGAACUUGAGGAGUCGCUGGCAUUUCAAUGCCUCUGAAGUAUUUUCACCCUCUGAGGGAGGGUUUGACAUCCGUGCCCCUCCUCUCCUCCCCGUUCUGUGUUUAUGUGUUUGUGGAGGAAAAAAAAAAGGCGUGAAUGUAAUUAUGAAAUUUAUGUAUGUACGAGAGUGUCGGCCUGCUGUGUUUGUACCACGUGACGUAUAUCUGAAGGUGUUUGUGUGCCAGUAGACGCCACCUCAGGGCUCUGUGAGAGUCACGAGUAAACGACGCCGCUGUGAUUUUUGCAGAGACACACACUUGCACAUACAUAUAUGACACACACAUCGCUGCUGCUGCUACUUUGCUUUCAUCUCCUGCAUAAAAGUGCAAAAAAGAGCCAGUCCACUGGUAAAUACAUUGUUGUCUUAUGCUUUAAAAAGUCUCUGUUGUCCAAAGGAAAAGCCAGUUGAAGCUCCGACCGUGCAUCACGAGUUUCCACAGAUGGUUUUAACCGCCUUAACAGCCCCCUGAUGCAUCAGCAUCAAAAGAUAAGCUGGGCUUCUCAUUGUAGUGGGUGCGUGGGAGAUGUUUGUAUUCAUCUUUUUUUGGCACAUAUCCUUUCAAGAAUCAUCUGUUUUCUACUCUCAGGCUGCAUGUGCUUAGAGGGCUAAAAGGAGA